AUGGAGUGUCCAGAACCAAGUGCUGAGCAUCCAGAACCCACGCCGAGCUACGAGACCGACUGCUCCCAUAUACGCAAGAGGCGAGAAGUUCAAGAUGCGUGCCUGAAGCAGGAUAUAGAGCGUUUGAAAUUUCUCGCUGCAUCGGAGGGCGGGUUCCUUACCGAUGACCUGAGACGAGGAGCGUGGCCCAUCCUCCUUGGCCUACCUGCCGAUGCGAUGGUGACAUCUAGUCAACCUGAUGCGAGCCCUGUGGAUGAUGCUGAACUUUCCUGGCGUCACCUCCCCCGCCACCCCGACGAGGACCAAGUCCAGCUCGACGUCAAUCGAUCCUUCAUAUACUACCCGAACGGUACUGCUCUCGUUGCUCUUCGACUUAUCACAGAUAGCCGCUCCACGUGUGUCUCCGGCGGUACUAACUCUAGAGUUCUCAUAGACUUGACAGAAGCGGAUUUAACGAGACGCAAGGCGGAACUGUCCGAUCUGAUAAUCGAGGUCCUUCGACGGUACCCAUUCCUCUGCUACUUUCAAGGCUACCAUGACAUCUGCCAAGUCUUUCUUCUUGUCCUCGAUCCCGCGGUGCGGGCACCGCUCGUUGCUCGCCUUUCCCUACUCCGCAUUCGCGACUUCAUGCUCCCAACCCUUGCCCCAACGGUUGCCCAGCUUCGCCUUAUACCCGAUAUCCUUGACGCUGCGGAUCCGAGCCUUCGAAGGCAUUUGGCUGGAACCGAGCCGUUCUACGCCCUCUCGGGCACACUUACCAUGUAUGCCCACAAUAUCGAGGCGUAUGGAGACAUUUCUAGGUUGUUUGAUGUUCUCCUCGCUAGAGAGGCCGUCUUUAGUAUAUAUCUAUUUGCCCAGAUUGUUCUUAGCCGUCGAGAAGAACUCUUUGAUACCCCGGACGACGAUCCUUCUAUGCUCCACCUUAUACUGUCCAAGGUUCCUAAAAAGCUCGACUUAGAGACGCUGAUAGCACAGGCGAUUAGCCUCUUUGACAAGUAUCCACCAAAGUCCUUACGCUCCUGGAGACGCGUUUCCUCCUCUAGCUGCCUUAAGACAGCGGGGUGUGUCGAGGUUUGUGCUGGCCAAUCCCUAGCAGAAGGCCGCGGCUAUUUCGAGGCACAGCUGAGGGAGCUUCGCUGUACGGAGAGGUGGAAUGAACUGAUAAAGAAGGCUCGGCUAUACCGACGGCCUGCAAAGGCUAUUGGUCUUGCUAUUGUCGUAGGCCUUGCAGCUAUGUAUCUGCGGAAACAUCCGGCGCCUGUCAACUUCCUUUGCAUGGCCUUUUGGCGGUUAACUGGAAGAGCGAUGAGCUAA